UGAAUGUGUUGCCCUUUCACUUGAUGCUGCGAGUGCGCCGCAACUCUCGAUAACAAGAUGACCGAACAAACAGACGACAUUUUGCGUCAGGGUAUUCACAUGGAAGAGCUCAAGCGACUUGGAGACAGAGAGCCAUCUACAGCCGCCGAGGCAAAUGCCGUCCUAAGAGCUAUCAGGCUGGAAAAGGGAUACCUAGAUGAGCAGACUCUAUCCGAUAUCAACUCCAUUAGAGAGUCAAGCCGAGCAACUGUUUUGGGAUUUGUCGAACGACACAAAGCGAUUGAGGCAGCUUAUACCACGAGCAUCUCAGAACAGUUGUACUCAUCCAAGUACCGAUUUUUGUUCGAACUGAUACAGAAUGCCGACGAUUCUUACUAUCGGAAAUCAUUUAGUCUGUCAAGAGAUCAAGUUCCCUUUCUUCAUUUCACUGUUUCUCAACAAAACCUCAUUGUUGAGACCAAUGAAGUUGGCUUCACGCGAGAGAACAUCAACGCAAUUUGCGCGACUGGUAAAAGCUCUAAAAAGGCCAAAGCGGAAGACCAACAUAUUGGUGAAAAAGGUUUCGGAUUCAAGGCCGUCUUUGCUAUUGCUGAUGACGUACACAUCCAGUCCGGACUAUGGUCAUUCCGCUUUCGACAUCGCAGGGGCGAAGACGGGCUCGGCAUGGUGACUCCCUUGGAAGCUCCAAAGGUAGAAUUGCCGGCAUUUGUGACAACUAGGAUCACUCUAAAUUUGGCAGAUCGAUCAGAAAAUAGCUACCGGAAACUUCUUGAUGCUAUUAGGGAGAUUCCUGACACUACUAUAUACUUCCUCCAGAACUUGGAGUCAAUAUCGUUCAAAUUCGCUCGCGAGGAUGGGAAAAUGGUUCAUAUUUCCCUUGAAAAGUAUCCGCUGGAACAGAAGACGCAUACCAAAAUCAACCGAUACGAAAAGAUAGACGACGCUGAACAUUGCGAUGAAAGCCAUUUUCGAGAGUUCUCUGUAGUCAUUCGCAGCAUGCCCAAAGAUGACCGUCGAAAGCAUACUAUAAGCGCAACUGUAAAGUUAGCAUUUCCUGUUAUGCCAAAAUCCGGGAAACCCAAAAUAGACGCGCUUGGUAGUAGGCACGUCUUUGCCUUUUUGCCUAUUCAGCGUUUACCGAUACAAUUUCUGAUCCAGUCAGACUUCAUCACCUCGGCAAGUCGUGAGAGUGUAGUAGAUUGCACGUGGAACGAUGUCAUCUGCUCAGGAAUUGCUGAUGCAUUCGUACGGGCUAUCGAACAGUUUGCGACUCGGACCGAUCCACUAAGAUAUUCAUGGCUGGAAUUCUUGCCAAAUCGUUUCCUCCAAGCACCCUGGAAAGGGUUACACGGAAUGAUUAUGGGGAGACUCAAGUCCAUGCCGAUUCUUGAAACUUUGGAGACCCACACCCUUCGAAGUCCGCUUCAGUUGCGCACAAUACCGCCUUUUGCAAAGUAUAAUGGUGAACCUAUCGUUCCAGAUCUGUCAGAUGAGAUCUACCUUGCACAAGAAUACAACGCUCACAUCAGUGAUUCAGAUCUUCGAGGAGGAUUAGGAGUUGAAACUCUGUCGCUAGGUGAACUUGUAGACCGUGUCCAGGUUGACCUUGUACGUCAUAGUUCGAAACUCAGGUCUCGAAACCCUGAUGAUGCUUGGCAUAUAAAAUUUGCCGAAAUGGGGCAGAAGAUCCUAAGAUCAAAGGAUGCUUCAACCAUCCAUCGCUUCAAGAAAUUGGCUAUUAUCCCUCUCUCCAAUCCCAAUCAAUGGACAGGCGCACCGGGAAUAAGCUUGGGUGCUCUUAAAGAGAUAUACUUUUCGUACAUCGGCUCAUCAAAAAUCCCGGAAGACCUUGGAAUACAAUUACUUAACAUACAGGGUUCAAAAAGUCCAAUCAGGAGAAGCUUUUACGAGGCCUUGGGUGUGAGAACAUGCCCUACGGAUUUGGUCUUGGCCAAGAUAAAGGAAGCACAUAAGGCACUGAAACCAAAGCUCGAUCUUAAAGAUCAUAUACAAUUUCUGUGCAAUUCUCAGUGUGAUAUCACUGAUCUCAAGCCUUGGCUGCUAGUUCCGACGGACACCGGGAAGCAAGUACAAGUGUCACGGUGCUUUUACAUAGCCUCGGGUGAAGAGUACAGUCUGAACCAACUCAUUCCACAAGCUGUGCGCCUUUCGAAAGAACUCGACCUCAAUGUAUUACCAAAAUCAUUUAUGGAAUGGGACUACCCUCAAGGUUCGAUAAGGUCCCAAGACUGGAUCAAUUGGCUAACCAUUGAAUUACGGGCUCAAAAGAUACCACAAUUUCUUCAGAAAGCCCCUCUUGCAGACCAAUUAUCUCACAUCAACGCAGUGAGAGAAUUCAAUGGAUCCAAAUUUCUCAGCAUGUUAAAAGUGCACUGGAGCGUAUACCAAACACCUGCAACCAUGUUGCAACGGCAACUCAGCCAAUUUAAAGUACCUUGUAUGUCUAGAACAUCUGCACCAUUGGAGAAAACGUAUCUUCCUACUCAAUCCAUAAGAGGAAAACUUGAGAGUUACAAGAUACUAGGGAAAGAACAUGAUAUGAUCAAGAUUCUUGAAUUGCCAGAGGGGUGGCUUCAAAGCAAUCAAAACAGUAGCUGGAGUUUCCUCGAGUCUUUUGGCGUCCACCUCAAGCCAGAUAUUAUCUUCUACCAAGAUGCCUUGGAUCUAUUAGUUACUACAACUCUGUGUGCUCCUGCAGAAGCAUCCUGUGCAAAGGAUCUUUACAGAUCAAUGGCCGAACUUACGACUCUGGCAGACCAGCCUAUCUUACGGAAACUAUUCAAAUUGUAUUUGUACACCUGGACGGCUCAUGGUUGGUGGACGACCGCCCAUUGUGUAUGGAAGGGCCCAGACUUCCUCGAUUAUUUUGGCAUCCUGGAAACCGAGUAUGGGGGCGAUCCACUGUUAGAGACGUUUUUCAAAACCACCAUUGGCAUCAAGGACUGUACGACAAACACGAUUCUGGAAGAGCUAGAAUGCUGGGGCGCAGAUGAAGAGCCUGAGAAACCGAUCAAUCUCUAUCUAUCCCAGGAGGUGUAUCUUUAUCUCGAUUCAACCGUACAGCUCGAUGAAUGGCAGGCAGUUAGAGACGCCUUUAAUACCAAGCCAUUGGUUCUCGGAGAAGGGGGAGUAUGGUACACGCUCCAUCAAUGCUUGUGGAAUAGUCCAUACCCACUAGAAGGCUACCUGGACUUGAAGCUUGUUUAUCCGAAACUUCGCACAUUUUUCACGCAGCGAUUGCGUGUGAAAACAGCCACCCCGGAACUUCUCAUCAACGAACUAAGACAGAUGGCCGAGACUCAUCCAGAGAACAUUGAUGAAAUAAAGCUACGGCUCAUUCAGAUCGGGAGAUUCUUUGCAAAUUCCCAUACAGCAUUGAAUGUUGAAGGCCCUCUGAGUGAUCUCAAGAAGGUUGCAUUUCUUCCUCAAAAGUUGAGCGACGGCAAACGUAUACUGCUGAAGGUUGAUGGUGAUUAUGCCAUUCUGGAUCACGAAAGGUACGGGAGGGCACUAGCAAUGCAUGAUCUCCUACUGGAAUUUGAUAUCGAGGAGACACAAAUCAUGAACAUGAUGUUCAGGAACCUGGGUAUUGCUCAUAGGUAUUUAUCUGAGGUUGUGGCCGAAGAAUCGAGCAUAGGAGACGAGAUCAAAGUGGAGGAAAAGUUAUCGAACGAAUUUUGCAACAAAGCAUAUGCGCUAUAUUGUUGCGCCGUAAAACAUAAAAGUAGUAAGGCUCUUCGUGGCGACCGCCAUAUUUUUGAGCUACUACAAUCAGCAAAGAUCUAUUCUGCUACGAAAAUAUCCACAUAUCUUGUGGUUCAACGCGCAAACGAACCAUUGAAGGUUGAGAGCGACAGGUCGGAAAUUCACCAUGACCUUAUUGAUGGUAAACUUAGAGUUUUCAUACCGGAAGAUCGCCAACGACGUCGAGCAUGCUACCGAACGCAACUGCCUAAGCUCCUGGCUACUCUAACUGGCAUCGGCUCCGCAGCCAUACAUGAUAUCUCUAUCAUACUCGGGUGCGAAGUGUGCGACUUGGCCACUAUUCUGAUUGAGCAAGAUAUUUACGAUGUAUCUUGGCUGGAGAAGCCUUUUAUCGAUCUUUCUGAGCAGAUAAUAAGGGAGGAUGAUACUGAUGUGUUGCCAAAUGAAGAAGCCGAGGGUACAACGUCGGUGACUGUUGAACGCGCUCGAAGCAACUACAGUGUGGGUAGAGAAUUCGCACCCAGUCCACGCAUAAUACCAAGACCUUUCAAUCGCGAGGAAAGCCAACCUCACUAUCUUAGUCAAUCUCCCAGUUCUACAGGAGAUGAUCACCGACCCGGGACAUGGAUAUCAACAGAAUACCGUAGACUAGUUGAGCAGAUCAUAACGUGCGCCAUGCGAGAGGCAGAAAACAACACUCAAGCAACACCAGACAACAUCACGUCAAUACCGUUUGACUUAGAGUCUACUUUUGGUCUUCGACAAUUCAAUGAGUUUGCAUACAAUCGACGAAUUGGGGCAGCCGGAGAGGCAUUUGUUUUUGAAUCACUUGCGAAACUUGGCUUACCUCAUUUUGGACGACAGAAUUGGAGAAGCACAAUACGCGGCACGCUUACAGAACAUCAUGCUCGCUAUUCAGACCUGCGAAACUGGUCUGGCCUCGAGACUGCCGAUAUAGUGUACAAAGACGACAAUGGUGCUUUCACCCGUUACCUUCGCAGUUGUUGUGAAGGUGACUUUCCUCACCAGAUCAUGUUGGAUCAUAACCACGUUGCUCAUCCCAUCGAGUAUUAUCUGGAAGUCAAAACCACUCCCAGUCGGUACGAGACGAAGUUUUACAUGAGCGAUGUACAGUACAAACGGAUGCAUAGUAUGGUUGUCGAUCGGGCCCAUCCCUCUCAAGUUUAUGUCAUCUUCAGGGUGUACAACCUGACCCUGCGGUCCAUCGGAAUGAAGACUUUUGUGGAUCCUCCGAGAUUCCAGGGAACAAAAUUGAAUUUUGAGGCAGAGAGUUGGCUGGUAAAGGCAAAAUGA